UAUCUCUCAGAGCAUAGAGAGAAGAACCAGAGAGAGUCAGAGAGAAAUAGAAGUCUUUGGCAUUGACAGAAGACACGAGCUGACAGAGCAAAAGGCAGAGACAUACAAGAGAAAAGAAUGUUUCCUUUUACAAGUCUGCCUGUGUUUAUUUGUAUCUGAAUUAAGUGUCAGUGGUGCAGUUCAUGUUCAGCAUUAUGUCACAUUGGUGGUACUUGCUUUUUGUGACUCGUUGGGUUCAGGUAGCUCUCAGUUUGAAUGCUGGGAGUCCACAUUACCGCCACCUUCAUAGGAACUGCUACACCUGCUUCAGUGGAUACCACACGGGAUAUGUGGGGACAGAUGUGAAUGAGUGUCAGGUCCAUAACGGAGGCUGCCAGCACAGAUGCGUGAACACCAGAGGCUCCUAUUAUUGCGAGUGCAACCCAGGCUUCCGUGUACACAUCGAUGGACGAUCUUGUAUCGCUGUAUUCUCCUGUGCCAUCAAUAAUGGAGGCUGUGAACAGGAGUGUGUACAACUCUCUCCUGCCCACUUCCAGUGUCGCUGCAGACAAAACUUCCAGCUUACUGCAGAUGGCAAACGCUGCAAAUUGAGAAACCCAUGCGCUGAGAGGAAUGGUGGCUGUAUGCACACAUGCCGAAAUGUAGGUCUCCGUGCCCGGUGUGUCUGCCACACAGGCUACAGCCUGGCUCAGGAUCACAAGAACUGUGAAGACAUUGAUGAAUGUGAAACUGGACAGGCUGAAUGUGCUCAUGAUUGCAGAAACAGUCCAGGUUCCUUCUACUGUAUCUGUAACCCUGGAUACGAACUAGGAUCCGAUGGCCGAAAGUGCUACCGCAUUGAAAUGGAAAUAGUUAACAGUUGUGAGUCUGGGAAUGGAGGCUGCUCACAUCAGUGUCAUCACGGAACACUAGGACCUGUCUGUAGCUGUAACCAUGGUUACCAACUUGAUGAAGACCUCAGGACUUGUUCAGACUUGGAUGAAUGUCUAGAGGAAAGUGCAUGCUGUGAACAGGACUGCACCAACUAUCCUGGUGGUUAUGAAUGUUACUGCAGGGCUGGAUACAGACUCAGCUCAGAUGGAUGUGGAUGUGAUGAUGUAGAUGAGUGUGUGUCUGAUAAUGGAGGCUGUGAGCAUACGUGUCAAAACACAGCUGGGUCUUACCAGUGCUUCUGCCAGCUGGGACACCGCUUGGCUGAUGACAGACACUCCUGCAUCCCUCUGGAGAAGCCAGAAGAAGCACGGUUUGUUGAAGCACUGUCUCGCCAUAUGGUGGUAGAAAACCCAUUUUCAGACAUUACCCUGCUGCAGGAUUACCCUCAACCUCUCGAGCUUCAUGACGAUUUUGAAGAGUACACUUUUGGAGAACUGCGGGCAGAGAACACUAUUAUUGAGAAAUUUGUGUGUUUGAACAACACAUUCGGCUAUGACUGUAGUCUAGCCUGUGAAGACUGUUCUAAUGGUGGUGUGUGUAAUGAAGAGAACAGUGGUUGUGACUGCCCUGAUGGCUGGACCGGCAUUAUCUGCAACCAGACCUGUCCUGAGGGCACUUUUGGCAGAAACUGCUCCUUUACAUGCAAGUGUAGGAAUGGAGCUAUGUGUGACUCUGUAAGGGGGUUUUGCCAUUGCCCACCAGGGGUCACUGGAGACAUGUGCCAGAAUGGAUGUCCAAAAGGUUUUUAUGGCAAGUACUGCAAUAAAAAGUGCAAUUGUGUAAAUAAUGGACGUUGCCAUCAAACCUAUGGUGCCUGUCUAUGUGAGCCAGGCCUGUAUGGGAGGUUUUGCCAUCUCAGAUGUCCUAGAUGGUCAUAUGGACCUGGCUGUUCAGCUGAGUGCCAGUGUGUUCAACAAAAUACUCUCGAAUGCCACAGACAUUAUGGAACGUGCAUGUGUAAACCUGGCUACCAGGGCAAGACAUGCAGCAAAGAGUGUGAAAGUGGGUACUAUGGUCCAGGAUGCAAGACAAAAUGCCGUUGUCCGCCAGGAACUAGCUGCCAUCACAUAACCGGAGAGUGUCAGCAACAGUGUCCAGCUGGUUGGCAUGGAAAGAACUGUGACCAAGAAUGUCCAGAAGGGAGGUUUGGUGCUGGCUGCUCUGAGCACUGCGAUUGUAAUGGAGCAGAGUGUGAUUCUAUAUUGGGACGCUGCCACUGUCCAGCAGGAAAGAAGGGAGAACACUGUGGUGAAGAGUGUGAGAAGGGCCGCUGGGGCCUGGCUUGUGCUGAAUCAUGUCCGGUAUGUGAGAAUGGAGGGGAGUGUGACAAGCAGAACGGAACUUGUGCGUGUCCACCAGGAUACACUGGAAGCCUCUGUCAGGCUGUCUGCCCAAAUGGCUGGUUUGGUCUUGGCUGCCAGUUUCAGUGCCCUUGUGAGAACAGCAAACGCUGUGAUCCUGUCUCGGGCUUCUGUGUGUGUAACGAUGGCUGGACUGGAGCUAAAUGUGAAAAGGUGUGUGAGCCAGGAUUCUGGGGAGCCAACUGCCUCGGUGUGUGUAACUGUACAAACAGUUCAGUGAACUGUGACCCAGUGACAGGGCAGUGCCUCUGUGACGCAGGUUUUACCGGGACCUACUGUGAGCAAAAGUGUCCCACAGGUUAUUUUGGGCCAGGCUGUCGCCACCAAUGUCAAUGUGAGAAUGGAGCAGAGUGUGAGAAUGUGGGUGGAGCCUGCACUUGUCUCCCAGGCUGGAUUGGGACAUACUGUGAAAAAUCCUGUCCCCAAGGAUUCUAUGGUCUUGAGUGUCAACAGAAGUGUGAAUGCCUGAAUGGUGGACAGUGUCACCUUGUAACAGGAGUGUGUUUGUGUCCAGCUGGCUGGCUUGGCCCCCACUGCACCUCCAAAUGCCAGAAUGGCACCUUUGGUCCUGGGUGCAAUAUGAGCUGUAACUGCUACAAUAAUGCCAUCUGUGAUCAUGUUAAUGGGCAGUGUCAUUGCCAGCCAGGUUGGGCUGGGCCAACAUGUGAAGAAGAAUGCUUGGAUGGAUUUUAUGGUGUGGACUGUCGCCAGCUAUGCAUUUGCCAGAAUGGUGUAUCAUGUGACAAGGUCAGCGGGCACUGCUUGUGUGCUAGUGGAUGGACAGGGAUAGAGUGUGAACUUGAGUGUGCUCCAGGUUUCUUUGGUGCUGAUUGUCAGCAUGCAUGUGAAUGUAAGAACGAUGGCGUGUGUGACCGCCAGGAUGGAAAAUGCACAUGUCCAGCAGGUUGGGUGGGCCAGAGGUGUGAGAUGGCUUGUGAAGCAGGGCAUUUUGGUCCUGGCUGUCAGAAAUUGUGCCAAUGUGAACAAGGAGCACCAUGUGACCACAUAACUGGGGUCUGUCUGUGCCCACCAGGCUGGAGAGGGUUCCACUGUGAGAAAACAUGCUUACCUGGCUUUUAUGGGCAAAUAUGUUCUCAACGAUGUCAUUGCGCUCAUGGAACAUCCUGUAAUCAUGUGACAGGGGAGUGUGGCUGCCCUCCUGGUUUCACUGGAAUGAGCUGUGAGCAAAAAUGUCAGCCUGGUACAUAUGGAGAAAACUGCAACCAGGUGUGCCAGUGUUCUGAGGCUAAUCACCUGUGUCAUCCUGUCACUGGAGUGUGUCACUGUGCACCAGGCUUCCGUGGUGAUAAGUGUGAUAUAGAAUGUGAAGAUGGAAGUUUUGGUCCAAACUGUGAGCAUGAAUGCAAGUGUUUGAAUGACGGUAUGUGCCAACCUACCACAGGCACUUGUGACUGCCGUCCAGGAUACAUUGGAGCCAACUGCAAUAUCACCUGUCCGUCUGGCUGGUAUGGACAGGACUGUGAGGAGGUGGCUCUGUGUGGAGAAGGAGCCAGAAGUGAUCCUGUCACAGGCCGCUGUGUGUGCACGUUCAUUCAUCACGGAGAAGACUGUGGACAAGGUUGCGCACAGGGCUGGUUUGGAGAAGACUGCUCUCAGCACUGUAACUGCAGUAAUGGUGCCCUAUGUGAUCCUGUAACAGGAAACUGCACCUGUGGCCUGGGCUGGACUGGGGAUAACUGUGAUAUAGAGUGUCCAAGAGGCAGAUAUGGUGCUAACUGCCACCAGCAGUGUGACUGCAGGAACAAUGGCACCUGUGACCGAGUGACAGGAGAGUGCCAGUGUGAGCCAGGAUUCUAUGGGCAUCUCUGCCAACAUGUUUGUCCUUCUGGAUUCCAUGGCCACCGUUGCCAGCUUGCUUGCAACUGCCAUGGCAAGGCCCAGUGUGAUGCCAGGACAGGUCGGUGUCUCUGUCCUCCGGGUUAUCAUGGAAAGCACUGUGAAAAAGAGUGUGAACAAGGCAGUUUUGGGCUUGACUGUGCCCAUGUUUGUGACUGUGAUGAAGACACACCAUGUGACCCUGUGAGUGGAAAGUGCCUGUGCGGACCAGGAAAGAUGGGAAGCCGCUGUGAUACAUCCUGUGCACUGAAUCACUAUGGACCAAAAUGUUCAGAAACCUGCGAGUGUGGAAAUGGAGCUCAGUGCAAUCCAAGGAAUGGACAAUGCACUUGUCUGAAUGGCUGGAUAGGACCAAACUGCCUAGAAGGCAGCAUCCUAGCUUCCAGUCAACACUACAGAGGGAAAAGGAAGAAUAAGCCACAACACAGUGCUCCAGUAUGACAACUGCAAAUUAUUUUCCUGUAUCUAAAUGUUAAUUCAGGCUUUUAACAAGCCAAACUGAACAAGUGCACUAUGAAUCUGUCUCCAGAACAGAAAUUGGAACUUUUUUACAAACCUGAUCAAACUUGAUAUUAAAAAUGGAAUUUCUGAAAUAUUUGCAUAAAAUAUUUGUAUAGUUAUUUGCAUAGAUGAAAGAUGCACAUUGACAUAAAGCUUUGUUAAGGUCUCGAUGAGAAGGAGAGACCAAAGAGGAUAGACUGAUUGAGCAGGAAUAAAAUGGCUAAUGAAAAAACUGAAACUUUUAUAUAUAUAUUUUUAGAUGUAUGAAUGUGUUUAUAUACAGUAUUUGUAUAAUUAUGCAAAUGUUUUGUAAUAUCAUUUGUAUUUACAUUGAAAAUGUCACCAGAUUCAACCAGAUUCUGUAGAUUCAACAGAGGUUUUCUUUGAUUCUUAUUUCUUUAAUGCAAUGUAAAUAAAUACUGUAUAUGGCAGCGGGAUUCAGUCAGACUUUGUAGUAAUGCAAUUUUAAUACCAAAAGUAAAAAUAAUAAAAAU